CAUGUAGCAAAUCAAUUAGAUUGCUGAUCAUUUGUAUUUAAUACAAUAAGGCAACAACUCUUACAUACACAGACAACUUGGAGCAUCAGAUGUACUCUUCAAUUAUUAGUUCUAUAGACUGUGGUUAUUAAAUCUGUAUUCCAUGCUUAACUAUUUAUGGAAGAUGAUAGUGUUUGUCACUCUGUUCAUUAAAGAGAAUGCCAAGAUCUCUAAAAUGAAUGGAAAAUACUUAACUAGCUAAAUCAUCCAAACAUAAUCAAAACUUAAUAAUUUAUUCCCAAUCAUUAACUUGACCCAGCAGGAGGGAACCUCUAAUGUUGUAGCUUAUUCCUUGAAAAUGCUACUUGUGAUCUUCAUACUCUUUGCAAAUCAAAUGAAACAUCCUUCAAAAUUAUAAUCAAGUACUUUACUUAAAUUUCAAUUGCUGUCGAAUAUUUACAUUCCUAAUAUAUAGCACAUAAUGACAUCAAAUUAGAGAACAUGCUUGUUAUCAAUAGAAAUGUUAUUAAAUUGGCUGAUUUUGGAUUUAGCUAUAGACCUUCUUAUGAAGACUUACUUUCAAAAUGGUUACCCAGAACUCUCACAUCCUAUUCUAGUCCUGAAAUUGUUAAUUUUAGAUUAAAUGUUGUUGAUGGUGAAUAUGAUGAAUUCUGUUUAUUUUCUUCUGAUGUAUAUGCAUUAACUACUGCACUAUUUUUGGCAAUUUAUAAAAGACCACCUAUUAUGGGUUAAUUUCCGACUGUAGAUGAUUAGUAUUAUCAAUUAUUGAUUAAUCAACCUGAUUUGUUUUGGAAAUUAGAUUUCAUUUAAAAAGUAGACUCUUAAUUAAUGAGAGAACAUACUCCUAAAUAAUUACUUGAAAACCUAAAAGAUUUAAUCGAAAGUGGAUUGGCUGAAGAAUAUAAUAGGAUAACUAUAUAAGAAUUUGUAAAUCAUGAAUUUUUCAAAUAUGCUAAAUAAAUAGAAGGAGAAUAAAUUUGA